AUGAAGAAGAGAGAGUCAAAGAAGGAGGCCGUGCAACAGGGUACACCAGUGGAGGCGACUGAGCAUCGUCAUUCAAAGUUGUCACAUGAGCAUACCAAGCCAUUGACACACGAUGAUAAGUUGGAGUUAAAGAAGAAGUUAAAGGCUCGCAGGAAGCUAGAGAUCAAGGAGGCCAACUCUGAACGUGUCAAGCAUCUGAUGGACGUCAAGGAGACUGUUGAUAAAGAGGCGGUCACUGAGGAGUCUGUCCGUGUCACCCUUCGCAAACAAGCAGUGGCAAGUGCAGGUUCAGCUGCAGCAAUCAUUGGAGAGUCAGGCAGUCGACCACGCAAUGGACAGACUGUGGAGUACUUUGAACAGAAAGACGAGGAUUACAUGGAUGAUGAUCUUGAAGAGAGGGACGAAGAUGAUGAUGAUGAUGAUGAUGAAUAUGAAGAUGAAGAUGAUGACGAGUAUGAGGAUGAGGAUGAGGACGAAGAUGAAGAUGAGGACGAGGAUGAGGAUGAGGAUGAAGACGAAGAUGAUGAUGAUGAUGAGGGCGAACAACGCACUCAGAUUGUUGAAAGAAGAUCACAACGUGGACCAUCGUCAGCACCAGCACCAGCACCAGUACCACAGUUUGACAUAAACAAGAUUGAUCCAUCAAAGAUUAUCACAGUCACUCAAGAGAUGAUUGAUGAGUUGGGACUGGAACAGAUGGAGGAGGGCGAGGAGGAUGAGGACGACACCAUCACAUCGCCACAGUACAUCACCUUUGAGGACGCCAAGGCAAAGUAUGGAUUCACCGAGACCGAGCUGAGAGAGAACGCAUUCAAUGCUGCAGUGUUGCAAGCGAUGAAGACCCAACCUCAAAAGAUGUCCAAGGCGGUCAAGGACGAGUACGAGGAGAUGGAGGUGGAGGCCAUAGCCCCAGCCCCAGCCCCAGCACCAGCCCCUGCAGUGGAGAAGGAGGCUGCCCCCAAGAAGAAGGCUGCCAAGAAGGAGAAGAAGGUUGUCGAAGUGCAACCAACCGUAUCAACAUCAGCUGAGCCCAAGAAUGAGUUUCAAUCAGUUGAUGAGCUGGUACAACAUAAAUUCCAACAAAAGGAGGCAUCCAUGAGUGCCAAGACUGUUGGCUCAGGUCCCAUUCAAAUGUCCGAAGUGAUGGAGGCAUUGGCCGACACCAAGAUGGAGGACUUUGUUGUGGUCGACGUCAGCGAGAAGUGCUCAUUCACCAAGCACUUUGUAAUUGCCAGCUCAGACUCGAAUCGUGCUUUGAUCAAUGCCGAAGAGGACCUGCUGGAGAAGUUCCGCCACCGUUUCAAGAAAGAUCACAAGCCAAGAAACAAUGACGAUACCUCUGACGUGUGGCGUGUGCUCGAUCUCGAAGUGUGCGUCGUGCAUCUCUUUGAGACGGCCACCAGGAACUACUACGACCUGGAAACGCUCUGGGUCACCAGGCGCCCCAUUGGCACUGAGGAGCAGAGCUGGGACGACGAGAAGACCGACCAGAUCCUCGUCAAUGCCAACGCCAGCGCCAAGAAAUAA